CGAAAGGAAACCCAAUCCUUACUUGAAUUACAAGCAUCAUAUCUGGGGAAGGGGUCCACAGAGAAGCAACAAAGUGUAUUGUGAGCUCCAGUGUCUUGUGGUGAAAUAAUGUUCAGCUCUGCCUUUAGAGUCGAUCGCCUCCGAGUUAAUUUGUAAUUGGUUAUCAAUCGCCUUAAACUCCUGGAAAAAAAGAAAACUGAGCAGACCCAGAAAGCAAGGAAGGAGAUUGCGGAUUAUCUGGCCUCUGGGAAGGAUGAGCGAGCACGGAUCCGAGUGGAGCACAUCAUCCGGGAAGACUACCUCGUGGAGGCCAUGGAGAUCCUGGAGCUGUACUGUGACCUGCUGCUGGCUCGGGUUAGCCUGAUUCAGGCCACAAAGGAAUUAGACUCCGGUUUGGCCGAAUCUGUAUCUACGCUUAUCUGGGCAGCUCCUCGACUGCUCUCAGAGGUGCCUGAGUUGAGAAUAGUAUCUAAUCAGCUAUGUGCAAAAUACAGCCAAGAAUAUGGUCAGCUCUGUCGAACCAACGAGAUUGGAACUGUCAACCCUCAGCUAAUGCACAAAUUAAACGUGAACACUCUACCCCAAGUUCUAGUGGAGCAAUACUUGGUAGAAAUUGCAAAGAACUAUCAUGUGCCCUACAAAUCCAAGGCUGAUGCUGUAGAAGAUCUGGACAGUAUUGGAUUUGUCAAGGAUGUCAGGAAAGAUCCCCUUGGCAGAGGAGGUGGUACUGUAGUAGGAACUGGUGAUCCAUCUGGGGCAUCUCUGAUGCCUACACCGGGUCCCUCACCUUUGCCGUCUCUCUGUCCUUAUGUCCCGCUCCUUCCUCCUGGAAGACAGAAUAAUGACUAUAAGAACACAUUGCUUCCUUCAGUGCUUCCUAGUCCAGGACUCAACCCUCAGACUUCUCCACAGCCAGAAUCAAGAGUCAAGAUUGGUUUCCGUAACUCACUGCUACCUGAUUUGCCUGAUGUAAAACCUCACACAAGCCGGUCCAUUGAUCCUGAUGACUCGGAAGAGGUUGACUUUGAAGAUCUUAACUGGAGACUUGAAAUGCUAAAGAAAAUGACCUGA